UGUUGACUUAGACCUACGCUAACAGACAAUUUACACUGGUAAAGUUUACAUUUUUUUAAACAAUUUCUUCGUGUUUUUUGUUUACUAACAAACAAACAGACUCCUUGGAAAUGUAGCCUGUUCAAUAGCUAYUGAUAUAAAACUCAGGCUUGGCUAAACUGGUGAAUAUAAUUCUGCAGAAGCUUGCGCUCGGAAGAUUUGAAAUUGUCAAAGCUUUAAUUCUUUGUAAAAAUGAGCUGGGGAAGGCACAAAGACUGGACAACAACAAUGCGAGAAGCACGGACUCGCUCAGUUCCUGCAAAUUUGCCAUCUAACUUGAAAGAAUACUUCAAUAAAUCAAUAAAAACUGAAGCAAACCAUUCGAGACCGAGCUCCACCACUUGUGAACAUCCACAUGGAUCAACGUAUCAGGCCGAGAAUGGUCGAGUUCGAGAUCGACGGAGGGAAGCAUUUCUUCACGUCAGUAGAAAUAACCCACACCCGUUUAGAAUCCACUUUCCCUUCCAGACCGGCGACAGGUUGAGUACCUAUAUGGUAUGGCUACCAAUGGAAAGAAAUAUCGACGCUACUCCUUCCCUGCCAAAGAUUCACAACCCAAAUAAGUCACGUGCUCUGCCCUUUGGUAACAAUGGAAACGCUCACACCAAGAAACUAUCCGAAAAAUACAAUAAUCCUAGCACACCUUUAUCUACCUACCAAGCUGAGAUCGCUAGUAUUCCUUUACUCAAACACAGAGUUAUGUCUGACCAUUUUCCAAGUCUUUCCAAAGGAAGGAGUCUAGUUUAUGCUGGUCAUUAGUGAAUGGAUCCAUUUCUUAUCGAAAUCAUAAUUGCAAAUAAAAAAUAUCAAGUGGAUAACUAGGGUUUAGCAAUUUUGACGUAAAAUUUAAUUUAGACUAUAAAAAUUGUGGUAAGAAAUGGAUGUGGUUGACGUCAUUUCCAGUUUCUGGUACAGGAGACCCAAACCAGGCUUUUUGAUACAUUUGGACCCACAUAUACGCCACUUAUAUUUACMCUUUUUUAAGUUAAUYAAGCAGCCUCAUAUAAUUUGCGACAGCCUARUCAGUAGUUUUAAAUUGAARCURUUGAACCUACAUAUGCACUUUAAGGAGCAUGYCCAACGGAUGAUGGCUCUUUGWCSUUAUGAUGCUUGCUAUGCUYGUUUUUUGAGAAAUGCAUCAUGGUAUUGAUAAAGUAUCAAAGAUGGCGCCCGUCUUAUGGAAACUACUAAGGACGAAAUAUCAUUGAAAUUUAAAGUUACAUCUGUCAAGAACACUUUUGAAGAAAAAUGCUACAUGUAGUGCUUGUACGUUUACUCAAAGAUCUGAAUGUCUGGAAAAUAAAUAAUGGUUUGCUUCGGUUUGUUAUUUCGUCAAUCCCAUGGUGCAUAUGGUUGAACACCAACAUGCCCUGAAAGGUUUUCAAGUGAGAAAUCGUUAUUUUAUAAAAGCAUUAGAAGAUUUUUCCGUGUUUACAUUCUUUGUAUGGAAACACUUGCGGGAUUGUUGGAAGAACAAUCAAAAAGUUUUUUUCGAAAUGCAUUUUUUUUUCGUGUUAUMACCUCCCUAACAGUCCAUUAACUGUCUUGCGGGCGACUUUUGUAGAGCAACUGGUUGUAAACAAUAUCUGAAAUAAAUAAAAUUGGCAGUGUUGUA